AUGGCGGACGGUGAGAGGUCCCCGUUGCUGUCUGAUAAUCGCGAUGGAAUAACUGGGAUGUCACCUGGAGAGGCGCCCUACGCCUUUCCGAAUAAACCCCAGAGUUUCCCGCAGUUUCCCAGCCCUCCUCAGUCCUCUGCUCUCCUAGAUGAAGCUCCCCCACCUUAUUCCCCACUGGGCUCUCCUGAGAGCGGCAAUGCUCCCGUCAUCAGCUGCAGAGUGUGCCAGUCUCUCAUUAGUGUAGAGGGCAAGAUGCACCAACAUGUUGUCAAAUGUGGUGUCUGCAAUGAGGCAACACCCAUAAAGAAUGCUCCCGCAGGUAAAAAGUAUGUGCGCUGUCCAUGUAACUGUUUGCUGAUCUGCAAAGUCACCUCACAAAGGAUUGCCUGUCCUCGACCUUAUUGCAAGCGGAUUAUUAAUUUGGGGCCAGUCCAUGCAGGUGUGGGCAGUCCAGACCCCCGGCCCGUCGGAGCCAGAGUGUCCUGUGGACACUGUGGUAACACCUUCUUGUGGACAGAGUUUACAGACCGGACAUUGGCUCGCUGUCCCCACUGCAGAAAAGUCUCAUCCAUUGGUCAAAGGUACCCCAGGAGACGGAGCCUGCUUUGUUUCUUGUUGUGUUUGAUCUUCACCAUAGCAACUGCCGGCCUCAUAGCUGGUACAUAUUCGAAGGCUCUGAAAUAUAGAGGAAUCUAUGCAUCCUGGGUCUUUUUCAUUCUGCUGGUGCUGAUUAGCCUUUAUAGAGCUCUGCACUGGGCCUGUAUGAGGAUCAGUGAACCACUGCAGGUUCACCCAUAGAGCAGUGGAGGAGGA